GCUUUGUUGUAUUGCCUCAGUAUUACUGGAUACAUUCGGAAGUAUCUUGAACAAUUUCUUUUGUGACGAAUAGACAUGGACAUCCAGACACUUACGAAUCUCUUCGCGACGACCUAUGACCCAAAUCCGAAUGCCAGGAAGGCUGGGGAGCUCGAAAUCCGCAAAGUCGGGAGCCAAGAGGGCAUGGUGACCGCAGUCAUGCAUAUUAUCGGCAAUGAUAGCGUGGAGAUAGCAACACGCCAGGCAGCUUCUGUCUAUCUGAAAAAUCGCGUCCACAAGUCGUACGCUGUCGAGCCCCCACGGCAACGGCCAGAUCAGAUACCUAUACCCCAAUCUGAUCGCGAUGCUCUCAAAUCGAGCAUCUUCCCCUUGAUUGUUUCGUCCCCGUCAAAGAGCAUUUCAGUACAGCUAGCAAGUACGCUGCGCACAUUAAUUUCCCAUGACUUUCCUGAAAAAUGGCCCAACCUCAUGGACACAAUCAAGACUCUUCUCGCGAGCAACAACGUGCAUGAAGUCACUGCAGGUUGCACUGCUAUCCUGGAGGUCAUAAAGGUGUAUCGCUAUCGUCAAGGUUCUGAAACUCUUGAGAAAGUUGUAAAUGAGACAUUCCCCCAACUCGUAAACAUUGGUUUGCAAUUACUGGCAACUCCUCCUUCUGGACCGUCACAGGAUGUGCCAACGAUUCUGCAUUUCAUUCUCAAGACUUAUCGAGGCAGUAUCAUCCUUCAGCUAAGCAAACACCAACAGGGCCACGAUAGCAUUGUUCCUUGGGGACGACUCCUCUUCCAAAUUGUCAAUCUGCAGGUUCCGAACGAAGGUGUUCCAGAAAACGAAGACGAUCGCGAGAAAUGUGAAUGGUGGAAAGCGAAGAAAUGGGCUUAUAGCGUUCUCGGACGCUUAUUCCAUCGUUACGGGAAUCCAUCACAACUGCCGUCAACUCUGAAGAAGGAUUAUCUUGCAUUUGCCGAACAUUUCGUGAGCAACUUCGCUCCCGAGAUUUUCAAGACAUACCUUCGCCAGGUCGAGUUACUCGUUCAGGGCCAGCAGUGGCUCUCCAAGAAAGCCCAGUAUCAUAUCUUUUCAUUCUUUACCGAAUGUGUCAAGCCGAAGUCUACCUGGGCAUUCCUGAAGCCACAUUUCCAAACACUUGUCUCUUCGUUUGUCUUCCCCCAGCUCUGCUUCACUUCUAUCAAGCAGGAACUUUGGGAGACAGAUCCGGUCGAUUAUGUCCGUACCGCAAUAGAUGAAUACGAAGACUUCGCGGCUCCCGUGUCUGCUGCGACGUCGUUCCUCUUCUCGCUAGCAAGUGCUAGGACUAAAACGACAUUUAUGCCGAUUUUGCAGUUCAUUAACUCAGUACUCGAAUCCAAUGCGGCACCCUCUCAGAAAUUCGGCGCACUCAAUAUGACUGCUGCCCUAGGCCCCUUCAUGAUGCGCCACCCGCAAGUGCGCCCUAACGUAGAGCAGUUUGUAGUUCAGCACGUCUUCCCUGAGUUCAACAGUUCGCUAGCAUAUAUGCGUUCAGUCGCCGUUGAAGUAAUCGGAACUAUCGAGAAGAACGAUAUGUACUGGUCUAAUGAGGCUAAUCUGGUCACUGCUUCAAGAGCUGUCGCCGCAGCGCUUGAUGAUCCCGAACUGCCUGUACGUGUACAGGCAGCAUUGUCUCUGACCGAAAUGGUCACUUCUCAUGAUUCUGUUGAAGCUGCUGUUCGACCUCAGGUCGGAAAGGUCAUUCAAGAUCUCUUGAAACUUUCCGACGAGACAGAUUUGGACAUCCUCAACAGCUCCAUGGAGACUAUGGUCGAGAAAUUCCAUGCUGAACUAUUACCCGUUGCUGGUCAAUUGACUGCACGACUUUGCGACUCUUACUUACGCCUAAUGCGCGAGAAUUUGGCCCAAGAAGUCACCGCGACGGACGAACAGGACGCUUUGGAAUCCAACAUCGGUGAUGAUGAUAAGACUUUCGCAGCGAUGGGUGUCGCAAAAACAAUUUCAACAAUUGUGGCGUCGGUGGACACUGCCCAAGACAUACUUGCUCAGGUCGAGGAGAUCGUUAUUCCCGUUAUUACCUUUACUUUGGAGAACAAGGCGAUCGACCUUUUCGAUAACAUGUACGACCUCGUCGAUGCACUUACCUUUAAUUUGCGUCGCAUCUCGCCAGCCAUGUGGACUGUGUUUGAGUUGACUUAUAAACUGUUUAAGUCGGACGCGAUUGACUUCUUAGAAGAGAUGCUGCCGUCUUUGGACAAUUUCAUUUCGUACGGAUCCGAUGUGAUCAAGCAACGGCCAGACUACAAGAUGAUGAUUCUUGACAUCUACACAACUGCGAUGAAGAGCGACCACCUUGGCGAGGCAGACCGUGUCAACGCUUGCAAGCUUAUCGAGUCAUUCUUGCUUAAUCUUCGUGGAACAGUGGACGAUGCUCUACCGGCUGUGAUCGAGCUGUCACUUGAGCAACUAGACAAAGAAACAUUUAUACGUGCAUUGCGUGUUGCAAAUCUCGAAUCAAUCAUCAACGCAAUUCUCUAUAACCCGUCCGCAGCACUGCAUAUAAUGGAGAACACGAAGCCUGGCGCAGCUCGCAAAGUCUUUGACAAGUGGUUCGCUGCUCUGAAGUCGCCCACUGGUCUACCGCGCGUGCAUGACAUGAAGUUAAGCAUUUUGACCAUGUGUGCACUCUUGGAAAUGGAGCCGUCCGCUAUUCCGGCAUCGCUUCAGGAUGGCUGGUCAGCUAUCGUAUCGGCCGUUAUUCACGUCUUACAAAAACUACCACAAGCCAUUGAGAAGCGUAAAGCGUUGGAAGACGCGUACGACGAGGCUGAGGAGUCAGAAGAUGAAAUCGACGAGGGCCAGCCACUCAACUUGGAAGAUGAUGAUGAUGACGAUGUCUGGGACGAAGAUUCUGAAUACAUCGAGAUGCUCGCGAAGGAGGGUGAACGUCUCCGAGAGAAAGCCAAUAGUGCUGUUGAUGUCAAUGGAGACGACGAGGCUGAAGAGUCUGAUGACGAAGAAGUCGACGAGGAACUCGGCUUCAUCAGUCCAUUGGAUACCGUUGAUCCAUAUUCGACUUUCAAGAAUGCACUAACAGCUUUCCAAAUGAAAAAUCCUGCUAUGUACCAGGCAGCUACGACGUCCCUUAAUAUCGAGCAACAGACUGCGCUCAUGGAGAUCAUGGCUAUUGCCGAGAAGAAUGCUUCUAGUUCUUCUGCUUCGUGAGCAACUUCGGUUGUCCGAGAUACGAGAAGAACGAUCAAAAUAUGAUAAGGCGGAAAGUCCGCACUGACGACCAUUCCCGAAGGAAUAUCGUUUUGUUUGUUUUAUGGCGUACGUUGAACGAUGGAUACAGUAACAUAGGAAUAACAUUGUUCUAAUAUUGCCCUGUUUCCCCUACCUCCUUAAUCUUUUCUGGCCCGAAAUGAGUGCAUGAUUUUGUCUAAAUAUGGAAACGAAUGUUGAAAUGAAC